AUGUGCAGGCACGAAAUUAUAGGAGACUAUUAUAGAGGAUGCGGGCAUUUUCAUGGUCGGUACUAUACGGGUGAGAUACACGAUUGCCUAAGGGACACAUGCAAGUCCAGCGUAAAGCAUAAACACAAGACCGCAAGAAAUUGCGGUUGCCCCGAGAUCGUGACGGAUGACAACCAAGUCCAGAAUAUGUUUCAAGCAAAUCAUCCAGAAUGUCCACGCAUUACCCGCUGA